ACACAAAGUGCCCUUUCAUAGUGACUAGCCUGCCUUGGAUUCACUGGACUCUGUUGGCUUCAGCAAACCCAGCGAGCCUUCUCGCAUCUGCCCCCAAGAGAGUUUGGAUACACCUGGACAUUGUGACCUCAAUGCUUGUGCUGCACUAUGGGGUCACCUACAGUGUUUGCUCCUCAUUCUCAGUACUGGAAACCGAGGCAAGAGGGGUGUGAACUGGAGAAGCUGCUGAUGAUUUAAACCCGUAUGUUUAUGAGCAAGGGGUCUGGCCCCUCCCCCUACGUCUUCACUUCAUCAUCUCUUCCACAGUGAGGACCUGAUGGAUCCGGCUGCUGAGCUGCCUUCACCCCUCCUGCAACAAGCCUGGACAUGGUAAAGACUCUUCAUCCCAAUUUCUUAAAAGGUACUGCACGGCUUCCAGAAAAAGGGUUGUCAAAGCACUCUGAGCAAAGUUCAAACACUUCUGACUUUUUUCAGGGCUCUGUUUGCUCAGACGGAGAGCCCUUCUUUCAUUCACAGCACUUGUAAACAACUUAAAGUUCUCUACAAGCGGAACAUAACAACUGGACUGGAUGCUUCAUUUGGAUUCCGAUUCCAGUGAGAAACCACCUGAUCACCUAAACCUUGAGUGAAACGUGAGACUUGUGGAGUUUUGGAGGUGACGGCCAGUGGGACUGGAGCUCAAGCUUAUUAGAAGACUUCUCUGUCAUGGGAUUUCAAAGGCAACGGAUUAUGCUUUGUUUUGGAAUGCAGCCUUGGGGGGAAGGAUUCUGAGAAGAGCUACAAGUUUUGUAUGUGUGUGUGUGUGUGUGUGUGUGUGUGUCCGUGUCCGUCCUUAAGGGACUGUGCACUGCCGAGUAUUUGGAACCAUGCUCGUACUGAGCAAUGCACCCACAGAUAUUAGCCCCCGGGGGUCUGAGGUGCUGUGCUUAGGCCACACAGUAUACCAUGUACCUAUAAUCCUGAACAGGACUGAGCAAAGCAGGCUACCUGGGGCGGAGUCUUACUCAGCUCCCACCCAGCCUGGAGCCCGAGGCCAGCUAUCCUCUAAGGAGCAGCCAAGAGAAGCAAAAGAGGGUGAGCCCGGAGAGUGCCCGGUGCAGGCUCUGACACUCUCCAGCAGCCGCUGUCGAAGUAGUGGAGGCGGGACUGGGAGGGAUUGGGAGAAAAUGAGGAUGGACCGGUUCCUCGAGGAGCUUGCUCACAGCUCAGCAGUGAAGCCUUCCCAGGCAGACUGGCGAAGAACGGCAGAAGCUCCACCACUUCAGCAGCUCAGAGAGGAGCAGGAGGAACUCUGCCCUAGUCCUGCACCUCUCCAGGAGGAUGGCUUUCCGUUGUCUGAUCCAGCUCCCCGAGUGGUACUGCGAAGACCCCUGCAGGACUGGCUCCCCAGCACCCGUAGGGUGGUGAGCAUGUACGGCUCCCCGGAUAAGACAGAAGCCCACGAGCGACUGCGGAGACCAAGGAGUGUGUGUGUGUUGCCAGGCUGCAGUGAGGAUACGCUUACAGACUACCUUCAACAGCGCAAGUCCCGGAAAGUGGAAAUACAGGCCUGGGAUGGCCUGAAAACAGAGGGACCCCGUACUCUACCCCUCGAGGCUCAGCCCAAAUUACGCCCAAGGACUGCAAAACCGCGGCCAGUCAGCAUGACUGUGUUGGAGCUCAAGAAGUUUGGCUCGCAGGACAACUUUUCCUGCGAGGGGAACCCCAGCUUCAGCCGCACCGCCAGCGAUGGUGCUGGCCUCCUCAGAGGAGGCUUCCGCUGGAAGCUGUUUGGCAGGGCUCCCCGGGAGUCAGAGGCACCUGUGAAUUCCGCCACCAAACCCGAGGCACCUAAACGGACUCUGGCUUCUCUACGGAGGAGCCUCAGCUUUCGGAUAAGGAAAGCUCAAGACCGGGAGGAUGAGGACACAAGGGAAAGGGUACGAACUAAAAGUGAUGGGGAGUAUGCGUCUCAAUCCUCGCGGCCCUUCUCGUACCUGACGGGCCGGAGUCUGUCAGUCCGUCGGGAUCGGGAGGAAGGCGCCAGGAUGCAGCAUAUAAGGUAUCAGUCUAAGGGGAAGGUUAAGGUGAUGGAGGUUCCCCUAUAUCCGGCCAAGCUCUCCAAGUCGAGCCAGGACGAGCCCAGCAUAUGGCAACUGAUCAUGAGCCGCUUUAAGAAGAAGGAGCAGCCAUCUAGCAGUACAGCUGAACCCAUCUCUGGGAGCCGGGAAUUUGGCAAAGAGCUGCUGGCCAGGAACACAAAGCUAGGGCCUGUUACCAUAGAAACGUUCCCUGGUAUGAGACUCGGCAAAGGUCAAGACUCCUUCGUCAACAGCCAGGAGUGGACGUUAAGUCGAUCAGUACCGGAGCUCAAAGUGGGCAUUGUGGGUAACCUGUCGAGCGGGAAGUCUGCCCUGGUCCACCGGUACCUCACAGGAACGUAUGUCCAGGAGGAAUCUCCGGAAGGUGGAAGGUUCAAGAAGGAGAUCGUCGUCGAUGGACAGAGCUACCUGCUCCUCAUCAGAGACGAGGGUGGACCCCCCGAACUGCAGUUCGCAGCCUGGGUGGACGCCGUGGUCUUCGUCUUCAGCUUGGAGGAUGAGAUCAGCUUUCAGACUGUGUACAACUAUUUCUUGCGGCUUUCCAGCUACAGGAACACGUCCGACGUGCCGAUGGUGCUGGUGGGCACGCAAGAUGCCAUCAGCGCCACGAACCCCAGGGUCAUCGAUGACUCACGGGCCCGGAAGCUGUCCAACGACCUGAAGCGCUCCACGUACUACGAGACGUGCUCAACUUACGGCCUCAACGUGGAGAGAGUCUUUCAGGACGUUGCCCAAAAGGUGGUGGCUUUGAGGAAAAAGCAGCAGUUGUCCAUCGGACCAUGCAAGUCCCUCCCCAACUCCCCCAGUCACUCCUCCGUCCCGUCGGCCUCCAUCCCUUCGGUGCACAUCAAUCAGGCGGCCAAUGGCGGGGGCGCGUUUAGUGACUACUCCUCCUCCGUCCCCUCCACGCCCAGCAUCAGUCAGCGGGACAUGCGCAUCGAGACGGUGGCGGCCUCCAACACCCCCACGCCCAUCCGCAAACAGUCCAAGCGCCGCUCCAACAUCUUCACAUCUCGGAAAGCCAGUGAGCAGGCAAAGAGCAUUGACUGUAAAACUGACAGCAUAGGCAGUGGGAGAGCAAUACCCAUCAAACAGGGAAUCCUGCAUAAAAGGAGCGGCAAGUCGCUCAACAAGGAGUGGAAGAAGAAGUACGUGACACUGUGUGACAACGGUGUGCUGACGUACCACCCCAGCCUCCAUGAUUACAUGCAGAACGUUCACGGCAAGGAGAUUGACCUGCUGAGAACAACAGUCAAAGUUCCCGGAAAGAGGCCCCCACGGGCGGUUGCCACAGUAGCCCCCACAGCCAGUCCCAAAACCAAUGGUUUGACCAAGGACCGCAGCACUCUGCAGCUGGGCACAGGGACUGCAGGUGCUCCUCACUCCACCAGCAGCACCUCCCUGCAAUCGGAGCGCUCUGUCAGCGGUCUCAACCUGGGAGCCUUCGGCGGGAAGCCGGACGGCCUGCACCAGCGCUCCUUCUCUGUGUCCAGCGCCGACCAAUGGAGCGAGGCGACCGCAGCAGGAGCAGCAGCAGCUAACGGCACGGCGGACUCCCUGAGCUCCAGCCCCAAUGUGACGGGAGCCACGAGCCCCAAGCUGGAGCCACCGCCAUCGCCGCACGCCAACCGUAAGAAACACCGGCGGAAAAAGAGCACGGGGAUCACCAAGCCGGACGGCCCUUCCGCAGGGACCGAAGAGCAAGAGGAAUCGUUUGAGUUCAUCAUCGUGUCGCUGACGGGCCAGAUGUGGCACUUCGAGGCGUCCACCUACGAGGAACGGGAGCUGUGGGUGCAGGCCAUCGAGAGCCAGAUCUUUGCCAGCUUGCAGUCCUGCGAGAGCAGCAAGAAUAAGUCUCGGCUUGGCAGCCAGAGCGACGCGCUGGCCAUCCAGUCCAUCCGGAACGUUCGCGGGAACAGCUUCUGCGUGGACUGCGAUUCUCCCAACCCCGACUGGGCUAGUCUGAACCUGGGCGCCCUCAUCUGCAUCGAGUGCUCGGGCAUCCACCGCAACCUGGGCACGCACCUGUCCCGCGUGCGCUCCCUCGACCUGGACGACUGGCCCGUGGAGCUCAGCAUGGUGAUGACGGCCAUCGGCAACGCCAUGGCCAACAGCGUGUGGGAGGGUGCGCUCGAUGGCUACACCAAGCCAGGCACCGACAGCAGCAGGGAGGAGAAGGAGCGCUGGAUCCGGGCCAAGUACGAGCAGAAGCUCUUCCUGGUGCCGUUGCCGCAGUCGGACGUCCCGCUUGGCCAGCAGCUGCUGCGGGCCGUAGUGGAGGACGACCUGCGCCUCGUCGUGUUGCUGCUGGCCCACGGUUCCAAGGAGGAGGUGAACGAGACGUACGGUGACGGGGACGGCCGCACCGCGCUGCACCUGUCCUGCGCCAUGGCCAACGUGGUCAUCACACAGCUCCUUGUCUGGUAUGGCGUGGAUGUGAAGAGCCGGGACGCCCGGGGGCAGACGCCGCUAGCCUAUGCUCGGCGUGCGGGCAGCCAAGAGUGUGCUGACAUCCUGCUGCAGCACGGCUGCCCCAACGACAGCGGCACGCUGGCACCAGUACCCACACCCAGUGCCGCCCACCGUAACCCUAACGCCAACAACAAUGCCCAGGGCGAGCUAAGCCGCAGUGCCAGCGCCAUCUAGAGGCAGGGAGGACCUACAUGCAGCAAGUGUGCCCCCGGUCCCACCACCCCGUACAACCCACUCUCGGUAUCACGUGACUGUCUCAAAAAGACUCUGGAGAGACCUCAGACUCCACCGGAUGUGAACAAGGACACCCGUUACUGCUGUCACAGAAAGGGAAGCCAGAGGUGAAAGGGUCACACUCAGUGUAGCAUCUUUAGAGGACACUGCAGCAGCAAGGGAACCUUCCCUUUCCCACAGGAAGAAGGACAAGAUGCACCGACAGGAGAGGGGUUUACAGUAGUGUUGACUUCACUGUGGUUCUAAAUAUAGCUGCAACACUGAAGACGAUAAAUUAGCUCUUGUUAUUAAUACUGUUGUUACCUUUGUUUUUUCCAUAUAGGCUUUUUAAGAUGGCUCAAGCUGUUCAUCGGGUUUCAGUUUUAAUUUUAGUUCAGUCAUAUAACAUUGGCCAAUAAGCAGGAAGGUCCUGGGCCACAGUCCAGACCCAGAGCUGAUCUUCUUUCCUCCAGUAGACAGCUGUCUCUCUGACCCUGUAUCUGACCUCAUCCACAAGUUUUUCUGAGGUGAUGAAGGAAUGGUGCAGCAACGUGGCCGAUGGCCACUUCUGUGUGAAAGAGCCCCUGAGCGGCCUGUUGUCAGAGCUCGGGGUCCGUCCUCCCAUCCAGUGCUCAUAGCUGCCUGAGGAGUCUGCCUCUUCAGCAGACAUUGAAGGCUUCCUGGGACGCACUCCAGUAUUUCCACCGUUUUUUUGCGUUUCCCAUAGAACAGGUAGCUGGCAUGGCCCAGCACUCCAGGGCUUGGAGUAAAUGGAGAGGCAGCUGGACCACACCUGCGGGAUGGAGUCCCAGAUUGUUCUUUUAUUUAUUUGUUUACACAGCAGUCUGUCUCAUCAUGAACACCAGUUCACAGGCCAGUAUUACCAUGGUACUCUAUGGUCUGACCUGGCAACAAGUCGUUAUGUAACCGCACAGAUUAGAGCUGAAUUGAUUCAGGAAUUCAUUUUGCGUGUAUCAUCUCUGAGGUUCAUUUUCUGAUUGGUGGAAGAUUGCCAAAUACUGUGGUACCUGGAUACUCCUCACCUACUCUAUAAUGUGCUGCCCCUCCACUUCCUCCUCCCCCGCCUGGGACACCUGUACUAGAUUUACCUGUAUGCGCUGUCACCGCGAACUGAACUGUGCUACUUUUGCUUGUGUGUGUGUGGUGUGUAUGUGUUGGAGCGGGAAAAUGCUCCAUGAUGAUACGAUUUAGGAAUGAGCUGAAACAGACUUGUACAGUUUCUUUGACCAAACGGGCUAGGAUUUAAACAAUUGUGUACAGUAUGUAAAAAAGUAGCUUUUCUCUCUUUACAACUGACAUUUUAGUCUUUAACCCCGGGGGCCUCCUAGACUUACUUUGAAAUAGUCUGCCGUUGCCUCGCAAAGUGGGGGCAAACUUCUGCUGAACCACCUCCUGGCAUUGCUGUGGACAAGAUCUUACAGGAGAUGGACACCGGGCUCAAAGGAACGAGAUUUGUCGAAAACGCUACCAGACCUGCUGUCUCCACCUGCCAGUGGUUUACCCUUCACACCUGGUUCAGCAGCUCUAUCACGAGCGUAUCCUUCCGGAUAUCUGCUCUGCGUGCGUCCUCCAGAAUGUACCUCGGCAUCCGUUUGAACACAGACACAAGCUCCAAAGCAAGUCUUAUGGUUUGGUUGUUUUAUAGUUGGAACUAAGGAUAUAUGAAGACUUAUAUGGAUGUAUAAAUUAUAUAUUGUGGGGCCCACCUAGGUGCACCUCUA